GGUUGGGUGGCGGUAGCGGUUUCUCAGGAACGGGAUGGAGGCAGCAGCAGCGGCGAGACAGCAUCCUCCUGGGGUGCGCUCUCUGGGUAAAGCUCUGGCUGGCACCCGUCCCCAGGAGCGCCCCGGCUACCUCCCGGCCUCCGCCGAUGGCUCCAAGGCUGAGGCGCGGGUGCUGGUCAUCAACACGGGCGGCACCAUUGGCAUGGUGCAGGACGUCAAGGGACUUGCUCCUGAAGCCAAUAAAUUAGUAAGCAACUUGAAAACUAUGCCGAUGCUGCAUGACGAGGCAUAUGCCCAGGAAACAAAACUGAACAACUACCAUGAAUUUCCAGAUAACACAUUGGUGCUCCCUCUCUCUAAGGAAAACAAAAGAAUUUUUUACACAAUCCUGGAGCUCUCACCACUGCUUGAUUCUUCCAACAUGACACCGGAUGAUUGGGCCAAAAUUGCAAAGAAACUUGAGGAGCAUUAUGAAAAGUAUGAUGGUUUUGUGAUCCUUCACGGUACUGAUACCAUGGCCUACACAGCUUCAGCCUUAUCCUUCAUGUGUGAGAACCUGGGUAAAACUGUUGUUCUGACAGGAUCUCAGGUGCCCAUAUACGAGUUGCAAAAUGAUGGCCGAGCCAACCUUCUGGGGGCACUGCUGAUUGCUGGGCAGUUCGUGAUUCCUGAGGUGUGCCUGUAUUUUUAUAAUAAACUGUACAGGGGAAAUAGGGUGACUAAGGUGGAUGCUGGGAGUUUCAAUGCCUUUUCCUCACCUAACCUGCCUCCACUUGCAAAUGCUGAGGUUGAUAUUACAAUAAACUGGGAAACGGUGUGGAGAGCCAAUACCAAAAAGAAAUUUCGAGUUCACACCAAUAUGAACAGGAAUGUUGGGCUUCUGAGAAUCUUCCCAGGAAUCACUGCUGCUGCUGUCAAAGCAUUUCUUCAGCCUCCAAUUGAGGGCAUUGUACUUGAAACUUAUGGAAGCGGCAAUGCCCCAAACAACAGAGAAGACUUGCUGGAAGAACUGAAGAAAGCAGCUGAACGAAAAGUAGUGAUUCUAAACUGUACCCAGUGCUUACGAGGGGCUGUUAAAACAGUCUACGCGACAGGGCAGACUCUUGCUGAUGUUGGAGUGAUUCCUGGAGGUGAUAUGACACCAGAGGCAGCCCUGGCAAAACUGUCAUACACUCUCAGCAAGAGUAAGCUUAGCUGGGAGGAGAAAAGGCAGAUGCUGAGUGAGAAUCUAAGAGGAGAAAUGACUGUUGUACCUAGAGGAGCCAAGAUCUCGCUGAGAGAUAGCAAGUUUAUUCAAGUGAUUGCCAAAUCUCUAAGUAUCAGCAGCAAGGAGGAGUUAGAAGCUGUAAGAGAUGUUUUAAUUCCACCUUUGGCUUGUGCUGCAGCUAAACUGGGUGACAUAGAUGCUCUAAGAGCCAUAGCAGAAAUGGGUGGAAACUUGAGCUGUGGAGACUAUGAUGGCCGAACUCCACUUCAUAUUGCAGCCUCUGAAGGGCAUUUACCAUUAGUUGAGUACUUGUUGACAUCUGGUGCCACUGUUUAUGCUAGAGACAGAUACGGAUCUACCCCACUGAUGAACGCGAUCAAGUUCAGGCACAUGCAAGUGAUUAAUUUGUUACGAGAAACAGGAGCACACCUUUCAAGCCAUGACUUGGAGAACAUUGGAACAAUACUCUGCAGCCUCACAGCUAAAGGUGACGUGGAUGGGCUGUAUGCCUGGUACCUAGCUGGUGCAGACCUGGAGCAAACUGGUUACGAUGGCAGGAAACCCCUACAAGUAGCAGAGGCUACAGGGCAUAAGGAGGUUCUUGACUUCUUUAGACAAAAACAGUAAAGAAGAGGCUGCAGAAGAUGGUCACUCCUCUUCAGAAAUAUCAGCUUUGAACACGUUAAGUGGUUAUGGGAGGAAAAGAGAAAAGGAACAAUGGUAGCUGCACUUGGAGCAUACAGGGAAGAUAGAUCUUAGAAAUAUUCUUUAUUUUGAAUCACAAUAAGUUCUUACUGAUUCUCUGGAAAUUAUUUUCUGCUUUAUAUUUAGUAACUUUAAAUAUUUUUUGAAACAAAUGAUACUGGAAUGUAUUGAUUUUACUGUACAAGUUUGUUGGGGUUUUUUUAAGAGGCCUUUCAAACUGUCUUAUGUUAAAUCAGUGAGGACAGUAUUUCAGACAUAACAAACAGAAAUGCUGUGGUGAAUUCAUACCACGAAAAAACAGUGGAUUGUGCAUUUCUGGGUUUCAAGUAAUAAAAUCUCUGAGGAACAAUGUUGGUUUCACUUUGUCUGGUUUUUGCGAUGGCUUGUAUCACUCCAGUUGCAAUUACAGCAAUUGUGAGUGUCAGUGCAAACAAUUGAAUCAGUCAUGGGCAUCUGCCUGCAGUUGUGUACUAAUCUUCACCAAUGUGUCACUAUAAAACCUCACUUAAAAUGAGUAGGAGGCAGAUGCCAUAAAGCAUGUUUGUGGGACUGUGUAAGUGAAUUGAUUGUUUUGUUUCUAAUAGCAUCUUUCCCACAUCCUGACCGGAAUAUAAUCAAGAUUGCUACAUGCUGGACACAUAAUUCUUUGGACUGUAAAUGUGAUCUCAGUAUUAACAGACUCCAAAUUUAAAGUCCCAACACUUUCACACUAAAGAAGAAAGCACUAUCUACCUUUACAGCUGUGUCUUCCCUAGAAUAUGUAAGCAUAAAGAAUACUUCAGGCAAAUGCAUAUAUUGAAGAUGACAACUUUUAAUUUCACCUACAGCUUCUGCAAUAAUCUAUGGGGAUUUUCUAUCUGCUUCAUCUGAAGGGUAUCUUUGAAGUGCAGAUAGUUUUGUUGUUCAUUGGGUUGGUUUGGG